AGUGUGCUGCAGAGAGAGCCAGCCCAGUCCAGGCAGCGAGGGAGCGAGAGCAUAAAUCACAAAGAAAGGAUUUCAAUUGCUCUGCCUAGAAGGUGGACCCAGCGUUCCUCACUUGCCUCCAGGCUACCCAGGACUUCCACUCCCAUCCCUCCUCUGGAAGUGGCCCCUUGGGCUCUUGGCAGUAUUCUCUACCUCCAGAAUCAGCAGCACGGAAAUGGAUUCCGUGGUUCCUGAGGACGUGGCCGUGGUCUUCAGCCGGGAGGAGUGGGCUCUGCUGGAUCUUGCCCAGAAGAAACUGUACAGGGAUGUGAUGAUGGAGACCUUGAAAAACCUGACUUCAGUAGUCUCUGGAAAUCACGGCGAGGGGGGAAAGUUGUCCAGUGAACAUAUAACAGUGAAAUUCUUGGAGAACCCAAACUGUUCCUCUGUGUCAGGCCAACUCUCUGUGUCACGCAGCAGGAAAGGUCCGCAUGAAAACCAGGGGAGACGUUUGAGAACUCAGACAGUGAAGAGCCUCUGUGAAAGUAAUAAAGUCGAUCAUUGUGGGAAAGUCUUCAGCCAGAUUACGAACUUUACCGAGCCACAAAGAAAUCCUCUGAAAGGAACUUUUUCUGAAUGUUGUAAGUCUGGGAAAACCUUCGGCGAUCACUCAUCACGUAGGUACACUACCAGAUCUCAUAGUGGAUGCAAAACCUGCCGGUGUCAAGAAUGUGGAGAAGCCAGUAAUUGCCCCUCUCACCUACCCACUCCCAUAAGAACACUUAAUGAGAAAAAAAACCACAAAUGUAAAGUAUGUGGGAAGGACUUUCUUUGUAUCUCAGCUCUUAACAAUUCUGUGACAACUCUCAGUGGUGAGAAGCACUACGAAUGUAAUGAAUGUGGGAAGGAUUUCUGUAUUUUCUCAUCCUUUGGGAAACACAUGAGAGGUCAUAGGCGUGAGGGCAAAGAAUGUCGUAACACCUAUAAUCGUCCUUCAUCCCUCAUUUUACAUAAAAAAUCCCGAAAGAGAGAGAAAGCAUAUGUAUGUAAGGAGUGCGGGAGAGGCUUUGGUGAUGCGUCCUCCCUCACUACACACACACGGAUCCACAGUGGAGAAAGGCCUUAUGAAUGUAAGGAAUGCGGGAAAGCCUUCAGUCGGUCCUUCUCUCUCACCACACAUAUGCGAACUCACAGUGGAGAGAAGCCUUAUGAAUGUAAGGACUGCGGGAAAACCUUUAGUCAAACCUCAGCCCUCACGACACAUACCAGAACUCACACUGGAGAGAAACCAUAUAAAUGUAAGGAAUGUGGGAAAGCUUUCCGGUGCUCCUCGUUCCUAACAAAUCACGUAAGAAUUCACAGUGGAGAAAUGCCUUUUGAGUGUAAAGAAUGUGGAAAAGUCUUUAGGCAGGCGUCAGACCUCACGACACACAGAAGAAUCCACAGUGGGGAGAAGCCUUACGAAUGUAAGGAAUGUGGGAAAGCCUUUAGGUGUUCCUCACACCUUACUACACAUAUGCGAACUCACAGUGGGGAGAGGCCUUAUGACUGUAAAGAAUGUGGGAAAGCCUUUACUGAUUUUUCGGCCCUCAAUAAGCAUGUACGAACUCACAGUGGGGAGAUGCCUUAUGAAUGUAAGGAAUGUGGUAGAGUCUUCAGGCAUGCCUCCAAUCUCAGUACACAUAGAAGAAUCCACACUGGGGAGAGGCCUUAUAAAUGUAAAGUUUGUGGGAAAGCCUUUGGUCGUUCCGCACAUCUUAUUGCGCAUAUGCGAACUCAUAGUGGUGAGAGACCUUAUGAGUGUAAGGAAUGCGGGAAAACCUUCAGUCGUUCCUAUUGCCUCUCCGAACACGUAAGAACUCACAGUGGAGAGAGGCCUUUCGAGUGUAAGGAAUGUGGGAAAGCCUUUAGAUGUUCUUCAGACCUGACCAAACAUAUAAGAACCCACAGUGGAGAGAAGCCCUAUGAAUGUCAAGAAUGUGGGAAAGUCUUCAGGCAAGCCUCAAGCCUCAACACCCAUAAGAGUACACAGUGGAGAGAAACCCUAUGAAUGUGAUCAAUGUGGGAAAACCUUUAGAUGUUCCUCACACCUCACGUCACAUC